AUGAGAGAACGCAGUGGCUUGAGCAUAGGGACCACCGUGCACAUGGAAGACAGCAACCUGACCUCGAGAGAAGAGUCCAAACUGGCUGGUAGGCUGAAGACCGCUGGGCAGCGCGGGCGAUGGAAGCAAGUACAGCGGCUCUUUGGCAAGUACAGCGGAGUCUCUGUACCAAUUUACUGUGCUGCGAUGCAAGCUGCGUACCGCUGCGGCGAGUACAAAGAAGCCGCCAAGAUUUACAGAAAGGUUCGAGACAUCCCCACAAGCACAGUUGAUCGGAUCCUUCUCUUGCAAGGCCUGAAGAUUUUUGGAAAGUUGCAAGAUAGAGACAAAAUAGAUGCAAUUUGGGAAGAGGUAUUGGCUGCGGGUUGGGCGGACAAAAUUCGUGCGUCGGCACGGAUUGAUGCCGUCGCCGACCCUGGAUGCAGACUUGAAUUGAAGGAGAUGGGUGAUGUGGAAGAGGUUAAGUGCCUUCUGGAGUUCAUGACAGAUGCACGUAUAGAUGCAGACAUCUUACACUACUCGUCUGCCAUCAAUGCAUGCAAAAACUCUGCGAAUGGCAGCAGCCAUGCAGAAGCCCGGGACUUCAUGAAGGAGCUGCUCAACAAAGGAUUGAAGCCAAACAUUGUCACUUUCACAAAUUUUGCAGGGGCACAUCGGAACGCUGAGCUUGAGAAGUUCGAGCACCUCCUCGUGAUGUUGCCACAACAUCAUGUGAAACCCAACAGCAUCUUCGUUGAAACCUUCUUGGCAGCACUCUUCCAUGGCUAUCUCUCAUAUGCUUGGAGCGUGGGUGACGUUGCCAAGCAACUUGCAGGGGUGAGCCCGGACAGGCGAAGCUGCUUCGUCUGCCCCAGCUUCAUCCCGCGCGUGCCGCGCCGCCACAAGGAAGGUUGCAGACGAGCUGCAGCGGCAGGGCGCCUCUACCCUGUCCAUCGUUUUCCGGCAUUCCUUGCUGCAGCUUCUCCUGCAGACCUCCGUGGCUUGUUGUGCCAGUGGUGGUGGCCAGUAUUUUGGUGGCGCUGCUUGGCCCGUCUUCAUGCGAAGCUGGAGGACGGCCUUGCAUCGAACAUUGUCCUGACGACGGCCGCAGCGCGCGCCCUCCUCUCCUGCCAGCCCUCACGCGGAGCUUCCGGCGGCCCAGCUGCCAGCCACGCUUGCCGGGAGCUGGCAAGCGCGACGUUGCUGCCGCGAGUUCCCCGCAUGGGCCUGCUGCCUGUCGUGCUGGAGUCCGCGUUCCUGGCCAGACCUGGCGACUGGUCCAUGGCUCUGGGCCCUGAGAUGAUUUGGCCUUCGCUGACGGGCGAGGCAAAGAGGCAACAUGGGCUUUGA